AAAGUUUUGCGCAACGAAAUGGCCAGGCAACGAGAAUGGCGCAAAUUAGUGAAAAAACUCCGCCGGAAACGCAUAAGAGCAUCCAAAGCCAGGAAAAGAGAUUUGAUUCAGCAAAAAGAGCAAGAGGAAAUGGAGAAUCUACCCAGCUAUAAAGCCUGGCUAUCUGAAAAAACAGCAUUAGAAAUAUUUCAGCGGGAGGAGCAUGAACGGCAGCGGAUCGAUACUCACAGAAAAUGGCAAGAAGCUGAGGAAGAGGCGCAAGCUUACUGGCUAGAAAAUCAAAAACGUAUUGCUCAAGCCAAAGCUGAAAAAUUUAAACAGGAGGCCAGAAUUCGCAAGGAAUGGGAAAAAGAACAGGAAAAAAUACUAAGAGAUAAAGAGAGGAAAGAAAAAGAAGAAGAAGAAAAGAAGCAGAGACAGAUUGAAUUUCUGGCUCAAAUGGAUGCAUACAUUAAUGGAUCAGCUCCCCUCCCAGAAGGAGUUGCUGUUUCCUCCGAAACUCAUCCAACAGAACCUGAAUGUCCCUUUUUCUCAAAGGUUGGAGCAUGCAGAUUUUGGGACUUUUGCUCAAGGAACCACAAACGUCCAGGCAUCAGCACAGUUUUGCUGAUCCCUGGAUUCUUUUCCCAUAUCAGUUUGGAUCAACUCAACGAAAGCAACAAAAAUGAGUACGAUACUGACGUAAGCUUGGAAUACAACGAAGAAGAAGCCUACAAUCAUUUCUUGGAAUUUUAUGAUGAUGUGGUGAAAGAACUGAAAACUUAUGGUGAAUUGGUGCAGUUUAAAGUGUGUUGCAAUGCUGAGCCCCAUCUUCGUGGUAAUGUCUACGCUCAAUAUACCAGCAAACGAGCUGCCAUGAAAGCCUAUCAAGCUCUGCAAGGUCGUUACUACAGUGGCAAACAGCUAAAAGUUGAAUUUACCAGAAUUCCUUCAUGGAAAAGUGCGAUUUGUGGUCUAUUUCAAGGAUCUCGUUGUCCUAAAGGCAAAAACUGCAACUAUCUUCAUGUUUUUUGGAACCCAACAGCUGAAUUUAAGAAUGCUGACAAAGAUUUAUUACCUCGUGAGAGAAGAAAAAAUCUGUCUCCCAGUCCAUUCAGAUCAAGAAGCAAUAAACAUUGGCGGUGGUCAGAGUCUCCUGAACCAAUAUCUAUUUCAACUGAAUCUAGAAAAAGCUGUAAGGAUAGUCAUCGUGGAAGAGACAAACACUGGAAAAAGAGUAGAAAAAAGGACAAAGCUUUUCAUAGUAAAGACUUUGAUAGGAAGAAAUCUCAAAGAGAGAGAGAAAUCUCAAAUGACUCAGACAGCAGUGUCAGUGAUGAUCAUCAAAGAGGAGCCAAAUUAAUCAAAAUAAAAGCCAAGAAACGGUCAAAAGAAAGAGAGACUGAUUGGCAAUACAGUCACAAGAGCAGGAGUCAGGAACCAGUGAAAAGAAAAGAGGACUCGUGUCGUCAAGAGCAGACCAAGAAAACAGUUCUAAGAGGAAGAGAAGUUCCUGGAAGUGAGGAGAGAAAGGGUACAGUAGUUCUCAAAGAGGCGUCUAAAUCUGGAGACAAAGAUCAAGAAUUGGGAGAUGGCAGCAAAAUCAAUGAUGGGAGUGAUAACUUUGACACAUGAUCUUCUUUUGUAGCUAAUUCCUCUUAUUUCUGUCAAUCAGUUUUAAUUUCGAUCAAUUUAACCACGGCUAAACCAUCGAAUUCUCAAAGAGGAAGUACCUACAAGUCAGUAUACUUAAUACAAAAUUUUACAAGGAGAGCAUUUAUUUUCAACA